GGCCUCCUGUUUUCCUCUCCCCGCAACAUUUUUUUCUGAAGCUACUUCUCCACUGAAUUCCAAAUUUCUAUAUUCGAAAUGCCCAAAAUAUCCGAUGGUCGUCGGCUAUUGCGGAGUACACUUGGACCAGUAGUACUAUUAAUUUGUGUUGCGGCAUUUUAUGCAGUACUGAUUUAUGGUUUUUCCCUAUUCGAGUACAACAGUGAAUGGAAAGCAGAGCAGAAGAAUUUCGAGAAAAUCGCCGCUGACGUGGAAUUCGAAAAACAGCGACUUCAAACCUCAUCAGCCUCGGCUCAAAUCUACAGCUCCAAGUAUUCAUUGGCUUCAAGUGAUGUCUACGGUAUCAUAUCUGGAUUCCUGAACAAAACUCUUCUGGUCGAGCCUGCGUAUACAUUCAUGUGGUCCAAGUGUUCCACCUUCAUCCGAAUGUACCAGCAUGCUCUCCAGCUCAACGACGAUCACACGCUUGUCUUCUACAAGCCGUCUACUAAAAUUAUCGAUACAGUUUUUCGAUCGAUUUUUCCCAUUUCCACAACAUUUGCAGUCGGUUGUAGUGUCUCUGCGCUUCACUCAAUCGUCACCAAUAUCCUGAAAAUAUGCAUUCGGCAGAAAAAAUACGAAGCGUGGACUGUUGGGAGGAAUAAGAUGUUGAGAGUUAAUGUGAUCGCUUCACUGAUUGUGGCUUGCGCCUACUUUGUGCUGAGCUUCUUUUUAACUACCAUCUCCGCCUCACGCUGGCAAGACGUCUCGUUUACCGAUGGAAUCAAGAUCACACUGAAUUUGAUUGCAACCGUACCACCAAGUGUUCAAUUGAAAUUGAUAACAGACGCGCACACCCUGACAGCCUUCUGCUUUGUAAUUCACACCGCCACCGCCUACGUCAUCUUCGCCCUCAUCCAAUUCAUCAAGACGUGGAGAAUUUCCGAAUUCGCGAUUCCCCUUAUCUCGGACAUUGAUCAAGCGGAUCAAGUGGACAAGGAUAUGCAAGUACAGUACAGAUCGAAAAAUGAGCUUUUCAAGAACAACCAGCCAAUGGGAGAGAAGGCGGAAUAACUUUUUUGUGAUGUGAUCUGGAAUUCAGCUAAUGAAGCUAUUUGUUAAUA